UGCAAAUAGCAACUGUCACCUCAGUUCAGGGUGGGUGUGAGCAAAUCUCCUUGAAUAAUAGUAGAAAACCUGUCUUUUCAUUGAAAUUCCCUGUUUAUCACAACAGGCAGAUUUAUGACCAAGUAUAUAUUGCACUGGGACUCCUGAGGGAUCAGCCAAGUGUUUCUCCAGGGACAAGAAGAAAGGAACUCUUUGGCUGCCUGUUCCAAGACUCUGCUUCAAGGGGAGCAAGAGCCCUUCACUUAAAAUCCUCCUGCAAUGCUGGGACUGCUGCUGCUGCAGGUGUUGGCCAGCUGCCUCUGCCUGGGACACAGCGAGGUGGUGACAUCCUUUGAAACUUCAUGUCCUCAGUUUUUUUUCCGAGAGACCCCCCCAAAUGAAGCCCUGGAGCCGCAGAAACCAGCCUGGAUCUGCCAGCGCUACAAGAACCAGUACUACUUUGCUACCCUGUAUGACAGGAAGAUGCGUAUUCCUGUCUACUCUGCUUACAUCUACCAACCUGGACCUGGCAAAAGACCUAAAACAUGGCUGGUCGAGCCCCAGCUGCUUGGCCCAGCUUAUCCCAAAACUAUGGAAAAAGAGUGGACACUUAUAAAUCGAUACAAUGUCAGCUUAGAGAAACUCAGCCAGAGCCAGGCUAUCCUUCAUGACUACAAGAAUCUGACGGGUUUGAACCGGGGCCAUUUGAACCCCAAUGGCCACCAUGAUGACUACAGCAGCAGGAUGGCUACCUUCACCCUCACCAACAUAGUGCCCCAGGAUGAGAAACUCAACGGCGGCGCCUGGAACAACUACGAGCAGCAAACGAUGAUCAGGAGGACCCAGGGCUGUACAACCACCUUUGUCGUCGUGGGUGCUGUGCCUGGGAACAACUACAUCGCCAAGGGGAGGGUUAAUAAACCCAGCCACCUCUGGUCAGCUGCCUGCUGCGUGGUGGACAACAACUACAUAAAGGCUUGGGCGGUCAUUGCUGAGAAUGACAAGAACGAGGUCCAGCUGCUCACGCUGGGGGAGCUGGAGGACACAUUAACUGAGCUCUAUGGGAGGGGACAGGUUUCCCUGUUUGACAGUGACUGUCCCCGGAACUAAGUCUCACAUCCUGGGUGGAACAGGCUCAGGAGCUUUUGCCUCAUGUCACAGAAUCACAGAAUGGUUUGGGUUGGAAAGAAUUUCAAAGACCAUCCAUGUAGUCUCAGCUCACGUACCAUGGGCAGGGGCAUCUUUCACUAUCCUCAGUGGCUCCAAGUCCUGCCCAACAUGGCUUUCAACAGUUCCAGGGAUGAAGCAGCCACAAUUUCUCUGGACAAGCUGUGACAGGGCCUCACCACCCUCACAGGAAACAAUUUCUCCUUAACAUCAAAUCUAACCCCACCUGCUUUCAGUUUAAUGCCAUUCCCUCUUGUCCUGCUGCUCCAUGUCCUUAUCCAAAGUCCCUCACUCUUUUAAAAUCUUUUACACACUGGAAGGGGUCCAAGUUCUCCCAAGAGCCUUCUUUCCUCCAGGCUCUCUCACCCUCAGCUGUCUCACCAUGGUCAAAUCUCUUUGGCUCAGCCUCAAGAAGUAGCCUUGAGACAAAUCUCCACUCCAAGGAGGAAGCUACACACACACUCUCUCCAGGUAGGUGUGUGUCUGUGCAUGCAAGAGCUAAAGAGAGAAAGAGUCAGUCUCUACUUCACAUCAGCAGUGAUGUUCAGACACCUCCUGGGAAGCAGUGCUUCAGCACACACAACGAUUCUUCCGGAAGGCAAACAGUGAAAACUCACAAAUGCCUCCCCUUCCUCUUCUCUGCCUUAGCUUUUGUAUCUGAGCUAAAGUCAUAUGGUAAGAAAUAUCCAUUUGGCUAACUUGGGGCAGCGGGCCUGCUGGUCCCUUCCCAGAAUCUUGCCCACUCCCAUCCCCUUUGGUGGGGGAAGGAAUGCCAGAGGGACAGCGCUGCUCAGUAGAAGCCAAAACACCAGUCUGUUAUCAACACCCAUCCAGCUACCAAUGCAAAGCACAGCACUGAAGGGGCUGUGACUCUAGCUCAGUCAGAGCCAAUAAAGGUGUUCACAAUAAAGUUUAC